UUCCUACCUUUCUUUCUUCUUUUCUUACUCUUUUCACAUUCUUCCUUUUCUUUUCCUAAUUCUUAUUAACACUUCUAUCUCCCGCAUACGUCCCGUUAUUCCUGGGCUGAGCCGAAUUAUCGGUGCUAGCUCCGAAGUACGAAGGAUUGUGAAUUUUAAAGAUACAUUUAAUAACUGAAUAUUUGAGAUCAUUUAUCGAUCUGUAUAUAAUAAGCCUCGUGCCUUGUGCGGAAUUUCCUGGGCUGUAGCCGAAUUAUCGGUGCUAGCUCCGAAGCACGACGGAUCUUUUAAAAACCUCGUACCUCGUUCGGAAUACUUCGAUUAAGGCUUCUUCUUGUAAGAGAGUCGUCUUAUCGAAGAGGUGACCCUUUCUGCUUUUCUAUCUUUACUAACACUCUUUGCCCAUUCCUUUCUAUAAUUCCGUCUAUUUAUUUGAUUCUUCUUUUAAUUAAUUUAAUUACAGGAAAUUGACAGGUAAGUUUAAUUCCAGUGCGUGCGACAUCUUAUAUUUUAAAGAAUUAAUUAACGUUUAUUUGAUGGAUAAAUUCUUCAAGUCUCAACCGCGGCGCAAUCGUAGAAGCGGAAGAUUCCGAAGAUCCCGAUUACUCACUUCAUGCGUGCGUCGAUUCUCUGCUACUAAAUUAUCUGCUUUUAGAUCGAUCAUUCUGGAAUUGUAUAACAGAUCGCAGGUAGAAUCCGUGAUUCCUUUCAGUGAAAUAGUGACCGAUAUUAACAAUAUCAAUAACGACAUUAACGACGAAGUCUUAAUUCACUUCAGUGCCAACCAGCCUCUCGAAUCUCCUGAAAGACUAGCUUCUCUCCAAGUUAACGAAUUCCUUGAUAAUCUAGCACUCAUCGAAAAUAUAGAUUCAACUACCAGCGUCAUUCAAGAAGCUCUCGCUUCUCUAAUACCUGAAGAGCACGAUAAUUUAAUAUAUCCCACGGAAAAUAUUGAAGAAUCCGAUCAACUUUGCACUCGAUCUCUUAGAAUUCGACGUAAUCCACGAGAAACUAAACGCAGAUCAGAAUAGAGAGAAUACGUAACCUUCUCUCGCCGAUUUAGAUACUAUUAACGAAUACAUUUAAGAGCAGAAUUAAUAUCUAAUUAGGGUACUAUAUUAUGUGGGAAUGCGCAUCGCCAUUUUGGCUCCUAGUCAGUGCAGCAUGGUUUUGAAAAGUGCGGUUGAAAAGUGCAGUCACCAGGAGCUAAAAUAGCGAUGCGUAUCCCCACCCCUAGUAGCACAGUGCAUUGGCUUUACAUUGGUGAAACAUUGGUUAUGUUGGGAGUACAUUGGCCAAUCUUUCCCAAAGAAAAGCCAAUAUUGGUCAUAGAAUAAAUUACAAUGUAUUACUGAUAUUGUACAUCAAUUAAUAUAUAAUAUUGAUCUUACAUUGAAAAUGCAUUGGCCAAGGU